AUGGGAUCAAGCGGUCCAAAGAAAAAGGAGACAUGGGGUGGAGGUGAAGAUUCAUCAGCUAAGGAGAAGAACGUGAAUUGGGAGGCCGUCUCAAAACCCUAUGCUGUUGUAUGGGUUGACCCAAAAGGCAAAUGCUCCACAAAAGUGGACGAUGACGGUGACACGUCACCUUACUGGGAUGAAAAGCUAGUGAUUCCCUUAUAUUCCCCAAUCGAAGAAUCAACUCUGUACAUCGACGUCGUUCACGCUAACGCACCUGAAGGUACCAAGCCUCUCAUCGGCUCCGCCAAGCUUCCGUUACGUGAUGUUGUCGAUAGCGUCGGAAUUGGAAAUUCCUCGGAGCGUUCGCUUGAGUUGAAGCGACCUUCUGGUCGUCCUCAAGGGAAGGUAAAAGUGGAAGUUGUUGUUCGUGAUCCGCGUUAUCGUGCGCCGGAUCCUUAUUAUGCGCCUCCUUAUGGUGUACCUCCACCGGCUGGAUCAAGGGAUUACCCUGCUCCUCCACCGCAACCUUAUGGCGGAGCGUACGGGGCAGGUGUUCCUGCCCCCUAUGCUGCCCCGCCAGCGGGUUAUCCGUAUAGCGCUGCUCCUGCUCCAGCUCCGGCUUAUGGUCAACAACCAAAUUACGGUGCUUCUGCUCCGGCUCCAGCUCCCGGUUAUGGUCAACAACCGAGUUACGGUGCUUCCCCUGCGCCGUACGGGCAGCAGGGUAGUUACGGACAACCUGGUUACGGGUCGCAAGGAAGUUAUGGGUCGCAGGGUAGUUACGGGCAGCAAGGAGGCUACGGGCAGGGAAGCUACGGGCAGAAGGCGGGGUAUGGGUAUGAGGAGAAGAAGAAGGGGAAGUUUGGAGGAAUGGGGUUGGGAGCGGGAUUGGCUGUGGGUGCGGUUGCAGGGGCACUGGGUGGACUUGCAAUUGCGGAGGGUAUUGAUCACAUUGAGGAUAAUAUUGCUGAUAAGGCGGCAGAGAAAGUUGAGGAAGAUCUCGAUGAUGAUGAUUAUUAUGAUGAUGACUAGAAAAAUACCUACCAUCUUUGAUUUAGUUGAUUUUGAUUCGCAAUUUCUUGGGUUUUAUUAUCCUGAAAGACAAGGGUAUUUAAUGUCAAAGCAAAAACUUGUAAAAUUUAUGCAACUGUUGUUUGAUGUACUAAUAUGUUUUUGGGGUAUCGAUCACAUAACGUG